UAAGAGUGACGUGGUCUAUCGAAUCCAAACAGAGGGGAGGAGGCCGGCGGCCAGCAGCAGCGGCAGCGACAGCGGCGUCCGGAACGCUCCCGGCCGCCACCCUCCCCGCCCGCCGCUUGUUUGGGCGGGUUUAAAUCGUUGGGUAAAAUCAAGCUGGUAACCAUGGCUGAAGGAGGAUUUGAUCCCUGUGAAUGUAUCUGCUCUCACGAGCAUGCGAUGAGAAGACUCAUCAAUCUGCUCCGGCAGUCCCAGUCCUACUGCACCGACACAGAAUGCCUUCGGGAGUUGCCAGGACCCUCCAAUGACAGUGGCAUCAGCAUCACUGUGAUCCUGAUGGCCUGGGUGGCGAUCGCCGUGCUCCUCUUCCUACUGAGGCCUCCUAACCUGAGAGGUUCCAGCCUUCCUGGGAAGCCCUCCAGUCCUCACAGUGGCCAGGACCCGCCAGCCCCUCCCGUGGACUAAUGUCCUGGUGUGGGAAGCAGCGAUGGUUUCACACCCUGCACGACCGAGCGACUGAAGACAACCAGGCACUAACUGUCUCCUUUUCCAUCUGCAGUUUGGAUGGUAUUGUUUUCAUGAGCUUCUAGAAAUUUCACUUGCCAACUGCCUUUUGCUUCCUGUGUUGCCACAGUUCUUAUUUACAGUUUACCUGAGUAAAUGAUUCUAUUGAAAAGUUGAGGCUCCGUUGGUCCGCCUGAGCCUAAACAUUCCACUCGUUCUCCCUGGAACCCUGGCCGUGGCAGCUGCGGUGGUUUCUGGCCCAACAAAAGGAAAAUUGAGAUUUCUGCAUUUAAGUAUUUUAAGUGGUUUUGAUAGAUUUUAAUUCUUUUCGUAAGGUAUUUAUUUGGGGUUGUCUAGUAUGAGUGACAGAGCCACGCUGUAGUUACUUUACUGUGGCAAUUUAUCUGUGGGUGGCAGUUUUCUGUAGUCCUUGGGACGGUGACUCUUUAGAGCAUUUUCCUUACCAUCUCCAGCUGGCUUAUAUGGCUAGAAUAGGAAAAUCGAAUUGGUUAUUUACUGAUUUUUUUUUAAUUCCCAUUAAAAUUUUCUGAUGUUAAGAAUACUUUAAAUAAACAUGAUUGGUUAAUAUAGUGGUUGAUUUAGAAUCCGUCGCGUGUCAUUGAGAGCCACUGGUAUGCUAGCCUUACUCAAGUGAGCGCCUCUUCAACAAGAUUCACUUCCGUUCUGACACUUCCCUGUUAAAGUCAUCUGUAUGUGGGGCUGACAUUUUAAUACCCAUGAUUUAGUUUCAUACCUUUUAAAAUUUUUUUUUUAAAAAUGAGUCUUUUGUUGCCCUUCUGACUUAUGAGGAGAAAAGCCUUUAAUCUGAAGUCUUGGUUUAUUCCAAGGAAAAGGAGGAAAAUGACAAAGGAGAAUAUUUUUGUCACCUCUCAGCUCAGCUCUGUUUAGUAGUGGCAUGCAGAUGCAUCGCAGUUGGAAGAGCAUUGGUAACUAAGAUUUCAAAGUGUUUUUAACCAGUCAGAGGUUCAAAAGCAUUGACUACAGACUGCAUCAAACAGGCCUCCUAGGGAUCACUGCAGGGGAUUUGUCAGGGCCGGAACAGAUUUUGUUAUCAAGGUAAGGCUGACCUCUCCUUGGUCAGUCUAGGCUGUCACUGUACAGAGCUGCUGAGAAAUUAUUUGUGUGAACUAAAUAAACUUCUACCACACCACACCGUGGACCGCCCUGUGACCUGGUUGUGUGACAUCUGCUAUUCAGCAUUGUUAAGGGCAUCUGCCUGGUGUGGGAACCCUGGCUGCGUGCACUCUUCCUGGAUCACUUGGCUUUGUGCUCAACGCUUAAAAAAACAUAACCAGGCUGUGAGAUGGUUAAGAGCACAGGCUGCUUUUCCAGAGGUCAUGAAUUGAGUUUGCAGCAACCACAUGGUGGCUCGCAGUUAGCUAUAGGGACCUGAUGGCGGGUGGGUGUAUAUCCAGCCGAGCACUCAUACAGUGAAGUUUUUUUUUUUUUUUUUAAAAAUCUCUUAACUACGUGUGCUUAUGAGGAGUGAUUUAACCAGGUAAGUUAAAUCCUGAACAAAUGAACAACACAGAGUAAAGGAUUUCUCUUUUGCUGUGGCCACCCAGAAGUCUUACCCACUUAGUAGCCUGUAGCCAGUUUAACAGAAAAACCAGCUAUGGUAGCAGUCUUGAUAUCAGACUGGGCUACAUAGUGAAUUUCAGGUCAGGUUGGGUUGCCCGGGAAGACCUUGGCUCACAAAGGAAAAGAAAUGGGGUGAGGGACUUAAUCUGAGCAAAACUAGAAUAGCCUCAGGUGGAUCUAAAGCUGUAGUGUCUCUUCUCCUGCCCUCAGCCUCUGAAGGCUGCACAUAUGUCCCAACAGUGCUUUCUGACCUGCUGAUAGCUUCACACAGUGUCUCACAAAUAGCUGAGACUUCACCUCAGAUUAAAAUAAAAAUGUCGAUGGGUGGAGAGAAGGCUCAGCAGUUAAGAGCACUGAGUGCUCUUCAGAGGACCCAGGCUCAUUUCCCAGCACCCACCUGGCAGCUCACAACUGGCUAACUCCAGUCUGAGGGGUUCUGACACCCUCACAUAGGCAAAAGUCCAAUGAGCAUAAAAUAAGAAUAAAUAAAUAAUUGUUUUAAUGGAGAAAAUAUGGAUACAGAACAUCUAGUAUUCAAGACCUGGAAAAGUAGAUUCUUGUUCUAGGCAUUCAUUUCUACCACAUACACUUACGUCUAAAUAUCUAGCCUUUUCUUACAUAAACCCUCUCUUAAGUUAGUAACACAGCCUUGUUUUGUUUUGUUUUGUUUUAACCCAGUAAAGAUUUUACUUGCUGACAUAGAAGUAGCUUAGUUUUGUGUUCACCAGAAGUACACAUGAUCACAGUUGUACAGAAAAUCCCAUCCAGAUGUUUUUGUGUGUGUUUUUGAAACAGGGUUUCUCUGCAUAGCUCUGGCCUCAAGCUCAGAGAUCCACCCACCUGCAUCUGCCUCCCUGGCUGGGAUUAAAGGCAUAUGCCACCACCACCUGGCCUGAUCCAGGCCCUUUAAUGCCUGUUAACAGUUGAAUUUCUUUGAGAAGUACUUGGCCUUGGGUUUGGUUUUUUUACCCCUAGUCUUUGCUAUUUUUUUUCCCCUUUGGUAGUUUUUUUCUAUAUUCCUAAAGUGAUAUUAUCUUGCAUAGAAUAUUAUACUUAGCCCAACUACUAAUUUGUUACUCUCUUCCUUAAAUUUCUACAUGUGGCCCUUUAAUCUAGCAUAUUUAAUACACCGUUAUUUGGCUUGCAAGCAUUCACUUGAUCUGUAGUUACAAUUCUCUUAAAAUAAAGAGAAAGCUUGGGCUGGAGAGGUGGCUCGGCAGGUAAGAGCACUGACGGCUCUUCUGAAGGUCCUGAGUUCAAAUCCCAGCAACCACAUGGUGGCUCACAACCAUCCGUAAUGAAAUCUGAUGCCCUUUUCUGGGCUGCUGAAGACAGCUACAGUGUACUUACAUAUAAUAAAUAAAUAAAUCUUUUUUUUUUAAAAGGGCUUACAGUAAGUUUCAGCCAUCCACGCCACCGAGAGAGCUCAUUUGAGAGUCCCUUCAAACUGUUUCAUACAGAAUCUAGCAGUUUUGUUUUUCUCUUUUCCACAUGGGACAGGUUACCAUUGGGAGCGCUUAUAGCAAAAGAUUUUAUCAUGUAUCUAAACACUGUUCCAUGCCUAAGAACUCGUGUUUUACAGUGUACAGAGGUUCUCCAGAGUCACUAUUGAGUAUCACUGUCCCAUGGUUCCAUUUAGCAUCUGUAAUAGCGUUUAUGGAUUUACUAAUAGCUUAGAUUUUUACAGGUCUUGUAGAAGUCUCAUUCUAAAUGACAGUUUGUCUCUCUGAUUUUCUACUUCAGUUUGACCAACUCACUUUAAAACGCAAAACAGCAACUUGAAGAAGGAAAAUGACAAGUGGUUUAAAUUUUGUCGUUGCAAUAGAAAAUAGGGACAGUCUUAUAUUUCUCAGUGAAGAAUCCUGUGUAUCAUUACAUGUCCAAUGAUUAUUUUGUUAAAGGCAAAGGGGUCAUGUGAUGUACUAAAUGUAAUUUGCUGUUUCUCAAUGUGUAAAUCAUGCCAAACAAAUCAGCCUGUGCCAUCUAGCCGUUGGUGUUAAUCUUUACCAAGCGCUUGGACUGGGGUUAAGGGCUGGUACUAUGCACUUUUUAUUAAUGAAUAAAUGGAAAAUGUUAGUAA